CACACACACACACACACACACACACGUCAAGAAAAAACCAUCUAACCUCUCUCUGAUCUGCCGUACUUUAACAUUAUCAUCAAGGAGACAGAUUGUGAAAGAGAGUGAACAGUAUUUUCAAGAAAAAAACUUCAAGAGUUCACACUAGCUGUGAAGAUGAUGCGAGCUCAUAUUGAGGUCAUUCCUUGUAAGAUCUGUGGAGACAAGUCAUCAGGCGUGCACUAUGGGGUCAUCACUUGUGAAGGCUGCAAGGGAUUUUUCCGAAGGAGUCAGUCGUCCAGUGUGCAGUAUUCUUGCUCUAGGCAGAGUAACUGCCUCAUUGACCGUGCCAGCAGGAACCGCUGCCAGAGCUGCCGUCUUAAGAAAUGUGUUGCACAGGGAAUGAGCCGAGAUGCUGUGAAGUUUGGCCGCAUGUCAAAGCGUCAAAGAGAUUCUCUUUUUGCUGAGGUGGCGAGGCAUCAGCAGCAGCAACAACAACAACAGCAGCGUCUCCAGGCUAGUCAAGGUGAUCCUGACCCUCUGCCCGCCUACAGGCCCAGCAAAGAGCCCCGAGGUCGGCCAACACAUUUAAUCCAGCCCCUGCUUCCCACCUUCCCCUACAACCUGGACCCAGAGCUUAACUGCCCUUCAGAGGUUCAUCCAUAUCAGGGUAGUGCCACAGGUGAGGCCCAGGCUGCAGCUUUGGCCUACAGAAGUUCUCAAAGGGGUGGAGAGAGCAGCAGCUUUUCAACACUGAGGGUCUUUGACUCCAGAAGAUCUACACCAGAGACCAUCCUGAGCAUUCCAGGAAGUGAAAUGGGAUUACGAGUUUUUGACACUGAAACCUUGUUCUGUCCUUACCCUACAACACACAUAGAGGAGCUGUGUGCAAGUAUUUUCCGCUCUCACAGGGAAACGGGUCAGUAUUGUGUGGAAGAGCUCCAGGCCCUUAGGUGGAAGUUCUUCAGCAGGGAGGAGGUCCUUGCUUACCAAAACAAAUCUGUUGAUGAGAUGUGGCAGCACUGUGCAGUUCGUCUGACAGAUGCAGUACAGUAUGUGGUGGAAUUUGCAAAGCGCAUUCCAGGCUUCCGUCAGCUUGGUCAGAAUGAUCAAAUUGCUCUUCUCAAGAGUGGUUCGAUGGAAGUAGUUCUGGUCCGCAUGAGUCGGAUAUUUAAUAUGGAGAACAGCACAGUCUUUUUUGAUGGCAAGUUUGCUGGAACUGAACUUUUCAAGUCUCUUGCCUGUGGUGAUUUUAUUGCAUCAGUAUUUGACUUCGCGCACGGUCUAUGUGCUCUGAGGCUGACAGAGCAGCAGGUGGCGCUGUUCAGUGCGCUUGUGCUCAUAAAUGCAGAUCGUCCAUGUCUGGAGGACAGAGACAGAGUGCUGAGAGUGAGGAAAGAUGUGGAAUUGGCCCUCAGUCACAUCCUACACAGGGACAACCAAGAAAGUUUACUGCACAAGCUGAACCAGAAGUUGUCACUGUUGAAAAACCUGUGUACAUUGCACAUUGAGAAACUUCGCUGGUUCCGGCAGUAUUUCCCUGUGACUGUGCACUCUCUCUUCCCACCACUUUAUAAGGAGCUGUUCGUCUCAGAAUCUGAUAUACACACAAUGGUUACUCUCUGAACACAUCUGCUCAAUCGCUCAGUUCAUAUACACAGUACAGAGCAUGUAACAGUGUGUACCAAAUCUACACUUAUCUUCUGAAGGAGACUAUAUUUUUACAAUUCUGAAGCAAAAACUGAUGUUAAAUGAAAGUAUAUUUUUGUGCAAAUGCCAUUUUAUAAUGUGAAGUGUUUUGUUUAUUUUUAACCCCCCCAAUAAUAAGCUCUGUAGCUUAGUGCAAGUAUUUUGUUAGUCUUUUCAGCUGUAUAAAGGUAGCAUUUUAUACUUAAAAAAAUGUUUUCUUUAACAAAUGGCCAUGUGUGUAAAUGUGAUUAACCCCAUUGCUGUUGUGUAAAAUCCCUGUUGCCCGUAUUUACUGGAAGACAUUUGAAGGAUCAGUUUUACUCAUUUAGAAACUGGAGCAUUGCACUGGAACUGAAUAACUUUUCCACAACAUGUUAACUUCCAACGUGCUUGACUUUCCUCUUUCACACACAGUUGCUUGUCUUAUUUGCACAUAAAGUACUAAGUACUAUAAAAAAAAAGUACUAAAUAUCCUGUACGGUGAAAGUAGACUUUUUCAGUUUUGUUUUGAGAUUGUAUGUCAAAACAUGACUGAAAUAAACCAAAAGUUUUGUUUACUAAUUA